GGCCAAACAUCUUUUUCCGGAGGAGUCAGAGUUUCUGGUUCCGGGUCGGUACUGACAGUGCGUGUUAACAACCGAAGGAGGCGAGGCGGUUCUUUCCGCGGCAAAAGAGAAGAGAGUGGGGGGGAAAGCUCCGCACGAAGCCGGCAGCGAUGGGGGCCAGCGGGGAGGACGCGGCUGACAGCGAGGAGCGCUUUGACGGAAUGCUGCUUGCCAUGGCUCAGCAGCACCAGGGCGGCGUGCGGGAGCUUGUGAACACCUUCUUCAGCUUCUUGAGACGCAAAACUGAUUUCUUCAUUGGAGGAGAAGAUGGUGCUGCAGAGAAGUUAAUCACAGAGGCAUUCAGCCAUCACAGCAAGCUGGCUCAGAAAGCACAGAAAGAGAAGGCAGCCCGCCAAGAGGCGGAGCGGAGAGAGAAAGCAGAGCAGGCUGCUAAACUCACCAAAGAAGCGAAGCAGACAGAAAAUGAUGCCGAGCCAAGGAUUAAGGAGCUCACUGACGAGGAGGCAGAAAGAUUGCAACUGGAAAUUGAUCAGAAAAAAGAGAAGAAAGACAAUGAGUCCAAAGAUGUGCCUAAGGAAUCAUCGGUGCAUCCGAUAGAAUCUUCAGAGUCCAGCAAGCAGGAGACAGAUGAAGAAGAGGAAGAUGAGAAGGACAAAGGCAAGCUGAAGCCUAACUCUGGGAAUGGGGCAGACCUUCCAAACUAUAGGUGGACACAGACCCUCUCUGAAGUGGAUCUGGCCGUCCCUUUCAAAGUGAACUUCAGGCUGAAGGGAAAGGAUGUGAUGGUGGACAUCCAGCGACGGUAUCUGAAGGUGGGCCUGAAAGGCCACCCCCCCAUAAUUGAUGGAGACAUGUACAAUGAAGUAAAGGUGGAGGAGAGUUCUUGGCUGAUUGAGGAUGGGAAAAUAGUCACUGUGCACUUGGAGAAGAUCAACAAGAUGGAAUGGUGGAACAGGUUAGUCCAAACAGACCCAGAGAUCAACACCAAGAAGAUUAACCCAGAGAAUUCCAAACUGUCAGACCUGGAUGGUGAGACUCGCAGCAUGGUGGAGAAGAUGAUGUACGAUCAGCGGCAGAAAUCGAUGGGGCUUCCCACAUCCGAUGAGCAGAAGAAGCAAGACAUAUUGAAAAAAUUCAUGGAACAGCAUCCGGAAAUGGAUUUCUCAAAAGCAAAAUUCAACUGAGACGAUUGUCCCUCUUCACUUCUUACUCCCCUCCCCCCAUUUUUUUUAAAAAGAAAAAUAAAAUAAAAAAUCCAUAUAGCCUGAGCAGGACAGGAUGUCACUUUCAGUGCAAAACAAAAACCUUUACUGAUUUAUCAGUAUAGCACAUUGCCUAGAUGUCAGGUUUUUCAGCAGCUGGAUCAGUUGGCCGUUUGAACCACAACUUAUUUUUGCUUGGGGGAUGACUAGUUUUCUAGCAAAAAGGAUUCAUGAUGGAAAUUUAGGCCUCCCUACGGUAUUGGUUUCCUGGAGUUGCCAGGCGGUCAUUUAAAUACUUCAGAGAGCAUCUUAGUCAUCCUGUACUCUCCCCACCCUGGACUAAAUAGAAGGGCCUCCUUUGGACUCCCCAUUGUCAGUCCUUCCUGUAUUCCAGUUCUGAACCAAACAGCCCUUCCAGCAUUCUAGCUUAGUACAGCAUCACUGAGAACAGUUUCAGGUGGACAUACUGAUGAAUGAACCUGUAAGUCACCCCUGCUUCUGCUUAUGAUGCGUGCAGAUUCCCAUAUGGGCAUUUCAGCGAAAGCAGGAGCAUUCCCAUAUCUGCAUGUCAGACUUUUCUGUAACUCCCAAAGCCCUCGUCUUGUUGCAAGCGCAUUUGCUUGGAUGAAAAAAGUAUUCCUUGCAAAUUUUUAAGACUAUCAAGUUUAAGGUAGAGUAUAAGUGAACGGUUUUGGUUGGAGAGGAAGCCACAUCAGAAUCUGGUAUACUGGGAUUUGCAUACCAUUUUGUAGCUAAGCUGUUUUGCCCAGGCCCUCUGCUUUCCAAAUGAUGCAUGUCUGCUGCAGAUUCUUUUAGAGAUGUUGGCUUUAGUGUCAGCUCGAAUGAUUUUCUUACCUUCUGUUACAAUACUGGUGUUGGUGUGGCCUUACAAAACUGAAAUUUAGAAUUAGGAUGAAGUCUGUUAAAUGUGAUGAGUUUGGGGACGCUAACUCACCGUCUGUACCCCUGUGGGAUUUAAGAUACAUUUGAUCUCUACUCAGUGCACUGAUGUCUUGCUUUAAAGUGGGAAAGGUUUCUCCCUAUGUCCGUGGGAGUGUACUAGGUGGCAGGCAGAUCUCUGGCUUGCUGGAGAGCCACCCGUUCAGUUUGCUGGAAUUGUUUCACAAACGUUCUCCUUUGCCCAUCGGCCAAACAAGAGGCUUUGUGUAUUCUCUCUUUUUGGGGAUUGUUGCUGAAAAGACAGCUUGUAUUCUGCAUGUACAAUAAAAGGAGAUGUUUUCAUGGGG